UCCGCCAAGAACUCCGCGACGGGAGAACCCAUGGUGUACAAACUAGAACGGAGCCUCUACGGCCUAUCGCAGUUGCCUGCACUCUGGAACGACACCCUGGACGAAUCCCUCACGGUGUUCGGAUGGAAAAGGACUCAAUCCGACCCCUGCGUGUACGUGUAUACCAGCGGCAACAUCAUCGUGAUUCUCACGGUCUACGUAGACGACAUUCUCAUCACAGGAGGAGACCAGCAGCUCGUGGACCAGAAGAAGAAGGAGCUCACGGAUCGAUUCGAGAUGACCGACAUGGGAGAGGUAAAGCGGAUCCUCGGGAUCGACGUGCAGCGGGACUACGAGCAAGGAACCCUGGCCAUUUCACAGGAGCACUACGUGAACACACUUCUGGAGCGGUUCGGAAUGCAAGAGGCCAACCCAGUGCGUACUCCUGGAUAUGGAGCGGAAAUCUCCACGAAUCAACCUCAGGACCAAAUCCUAGGACCCACGGACAAGAAAAUCUACCAGUCGAUGACAGGAAGCAUCCUUUACCAGGCCCAGUGCACGCGAUUCGACCUCUCCUACGCAGCCCUUUAACUUUCCAAGGCCUGCAGCAACCCAGCGCAGGUGAACAUGACAGCAGCCAAGCACGUUCUGCGAUACCUUCGGGGUAAUCCGGUCCUUCCUAUCGUCUACAAGAGAGGACAGUUUCGGCUAGCGGCAUGUACGGAUUCAUCCUUCGGAGCAAACCCUGACAACGGAAGAUCUACCACGGGAUAUCUCUUCUUUCUGGCUGGAGGACUCAUCAGCUACGGUGCGAAGACUCAAACUCUAACCGCGCAAAGCACGGUCGAAGCCGAGAUUCAAGC